AUUUUUAGAGGUCUUUUCAAGUAUAUUUUGUAAUGUGAUGCCUCCUUGGGGAUUGGCAAAGAAGCCUGUAAAGUUGUUCCUCAACUUUUCAUUCGGACAGUUUCUGUCUCAACCUUUGGAGGAUGAUCAAAUCAUAAUAACUUCUAAUGGAAUUGGUUGUAAAGAUAUUUACUUUAACAUAGAUAAACUAAAUGCACUGUUAUCUGAAAGUGGAAUCCCCGUGGUUUUCUGCGUGGCUUAUAUUGCUGAGGUGAUUAUUUGCCUUCCAUGGAGCGUCGAAAUCAAUGGGAUCGAUUUUGUAAUUCAAGCGCUACCAGAGGUUUCUUCCCCAUCUGGAACGGAUGAACUGUUCAAUUCAAUGAUAUCUAGUGUAUCAACUGCAGCUUUCGCUGUCGCUAACGCGGCAAGGAAUUCUACUAUCCCCGAAAAUUUUUUCGAUGAAACAUUCGCUCGUACACCAGAUGAUGUUAAUCCUAGUGAUAAAGAAAAACUUCCGAAAGGUUUACAAGAACAGGCUUAUCAGUUUCUUGAAAAUCUUACAGCUGCUGCUGAAACUAUCAGUGUCGGUACAAAAGGUGCAAGUUCCUACGUUGAUCAGGACAGUAAACAAAGGAUUGCUCACAUGAUCGAUUCAUUGAUUGCACAAACUAGUAUAGUUCUACGUGAUGUUAGUAUUCGUAUUGAAUGUGAACUAAGACUACCUGGAAUAGAUCGUGCCUCAGGAUUAACAUUAACCAUUAAACAUUUAUCUAUCUCGAAUCAGUAUAAAACAGAAGAAAAACAACAACCAAGUCAAUCGAAUACAUCUGGUAAUGGUCGUUGGUCAUGGUUAUGGUGGUGGCAAGGUUCAAACAAUAACACUUCUCCCGGAACCAGCUCAGCGUCAUCAUCAUCAUCUGCUAAUUCUAUUUCUACACCACCUGGAAGCUUAUCAACUAUGUUACAUAAAAUUAUUCACCUGGAAGAAGCUGACUUAUUUUGGGAUUUAUGGAGUACUGCCGGUCAAGUACAAGGUAGUUCAAGCUUGUGCAGUUCGCCAGAUUUAAGCCAGCCUCCAUGCUCUCCACUUCCUAACAAGACAUGUGGCCCAACAGCUGACACACUUGUCUCAUCAGCUAAACUCCUAACAUUGUCUGGUUCUGAGCAUACAGCACGAUUAAGUUUACGCGUUGGUUCUGUAUUAAAUGUAUCACGCAAUCCUAUACCGUCAAAUAUACAAUCCGAUGAUCUUUCACGAACAAUUCAUACUAACAGUAACAACUCUAAUGCUAACACGUCUAAUAUGUCCGAUUUUCAACUUCGCCUACAUGUGGAUUUGGGACCUAUUGUUGCUUGUGCUUAUCCUAGUCAAUUUUAUUGGCUGCAUAUGAUGAUCGGUCAACUUGUACAUAUUUAUGACGAUUAUGUAGAACGUAGUAAAAAGUUAUCCGAACAAACUAAACUACAAAAUGACAUGACAUGUUUCUAUUCAGAUUUAUUAACAAAUCAUAAUUUAUCAAAUAUAAUAAACGAAAAUGGUUGUAUCAAUGUUAUUCCAUCGAAAUUGAAUAACCAUACUGGUGAGUAUUCUGACUAUCAAAAGCCCCAUUCACCGUUGCCUUCGAAACUUAGAGAAGCUCACCUAAUUGAUUUAGAUUUAUCACCUAGUACAAUCAACUCUCAAAAUAUAACUUCUACAAUGUUAAAUAGUGAAUUAUUCCGUUCCUGUUUGAGUGAUGUGUCAACUACCACAAUGUAUGGAGAUAAUCCCAUUCAAAACCAGCCUACUGAUCAUCAUUAUUUACCGAAAUCUGAUCAUCUUCAUCAUCAUCAUGAUUUAGCUCAAGUGACUACAAAAUGCAGUAUGUCAGUAAAUAUACUAUGUGUUGCUUUUGUGGCAUUUUACGAAGAUGAAUCUGUUUUAACACGUGAACAAAUAAAUGAAGCGCUUUCAUUCUCAAUAUCAUCAUCUAACAUAAACUCAUCUGUAUACAAAUGUCGGUCAGAUGAAGAGAGAUUAUUUAAGAAAAAUGAUUCGCCAAUAAUAAGCGAACACGAUUCAUCAAAUGUUGAUGAGAUGAAUUGCACAAGUUCAUCACCGGAACAUCAGUCACGUAGUUUUGAUGAUGAUGAUAAUAAAUCUAAUAGUCAUAGUAAUAAUAACAAGAAAAAGAAUAGUGAUCAUUCACCUGACUCUCAUCCUACAGCAACUGAUUGUUCAGCUAUACUACCGGGACCAUCGAUAUUCUUUGGACGAUUUCAUGGUCUCAUACCAAUUCCUAAUUGUCAGUUAAAUGAUAAUAAUGAUGAGACAGAUAUGCAGCAUUCAAAGUGCCAGCCGAUGAAUAUUAACCGUGAAGAUGUAGAUACAGGUCGUAUUUCUCCUUCUGAGUGGGUGGCACGUUUGAAAUAUCAAUUAUCCAGUAUGGCUUAUCCUCGUGAUCAUCUAUGUUUUGUCGGUGGUUUAUGGCAUAUGGAAUUUUCUAAUAAUUACUUAUUUAUACCAAGUAAUCGAUCGAUAAAUCAAUACUAUUCCACUCAAUUACACUUUAAUAUCCAACUUUUUGGAGUUCAUUUAUCAGAAUGUUUAUUUCUUAGUCAAACUACAAUGACCACAGCUACUACUCCUACGACUACUACAACGAAAGCAAAUGAAUUAAAACCGCAAAAUAUGAAAUUGGAAUCAUUUGAAUUAUUUCAUUUCCCAUGCCCUUUGACAUCAUCAUUCACGGGAUCCGAUCGAAUAGCAAGAUCACUUUCAAAUGAACCUGCGAUAAAGUUACAUGGGACUCUGUAUAUACCUCAUGUAGAAACAAAUUGUCCUACAAGGGUAGCUUCCGAUUCACAGAUAUACCAAGACUUUAUCAAUGAGGUUCACAUUGAUGUUACUCAUUUCUGUGUGGAUUUGGAUAUCAGUAUUAUGGAUCGUAUACAUCGUAUUACCGAUGCAUGGGCGGCUGCAUCUGAAGCUGUCAGUCGUUUAUCACCCAUUGGACCGUCCGAUUUCAACCAUCAUGCAGAAUGGUGUGAUACAGACUUAAACAAUGAUAUUCCAGUUACAAUGAAAUCUGAUCACUAUCAUCUUGGAGAUCUAAAUUCAGUUCAUAAAUCUAAAAAUUUAUUCAAAUACAACACCUCUCCUUCAACCAGUUUUCAAUCAAAUCAAUUAGAUUCAUUGAGAAAUUUUCAGUCUUCCAUGAAUAUGACAGUGAAAUGUUAUAGUUUUGAAUUUAAUUUACGCUUUCCCAUUCCUAUAGAGACAAUAAAAACGACCUCUGGUCAAAAGAUUACAGAAAUUCGUUCAAAAUUAUGGAAUACUGGAACAGUCUACAACGCGAAUCCAUCAAACUCUGUACAAAGUAUAUCAUGGUGGGCUAGAACAGUUCGUAAAGAAUAUCUUUCCAUAUUUAUGAAAAAAAUUCGUUUAACUUUUAAUAAUUCCAAAGAAUUGACACCGAAAUCCCAGCUGUUUGAUGAAUCAAAUGAUCAUUUACAAAAUAAUAUCAAAGCUAAGAGUUCAUCAUCUUUUAAAGAUAAAAAACACAUUGGGAAUGAACAAGAAUUAGAAUUAGUUAUAGGAUCUUUAUCAAUUAAUUUGGUGAAUGAUGAUAUUAAAAUACAAUCAAUGCCUAUCGUACAUUUCACAACAAAAAUGAAUCCUAUUCCUGAACCAAUCAAAGUGUACAUACGCAUAUCUCCUAGUGGACGAACUGAUCUUGUCGAGUGUAUCAAUGAAAAUCCAAUGAAUAAAGAUUUCGAUGAACCGACAACAACUAGACAACACCCUGUUCAAUUUGAAGUCGGUGUUGAUUUAACAACAAUCAAUGAGUAUGUUUCGUCAUCUGAUCAAUUUUAUAAUCAAAAUAGAUCUAGUCAUGAUCAAUCUGUUGAAUGGUCAUUGUGGAAUCAAGCUAAUCCUAAGCAAAAUUGUUUUAUUCCUUUAGUAGUCAGACAAAAUUUCGCUCAAGACGCACCAAAACCUCAUUCUAAACAGAUAACUUAUUAUCCUGGUAAUAAGGCUCAUAUGUCCUCUUACCGUCAAUCUGCGAGUAUGCACACUCACUUAUUUGUACACUUGAAAGUACCUAUGGCUGAAAUCACGGUUGAAAAUAAACAAACAGUAGAACUACUUUGUCUACGAUUAAUGUAUGAUCUUUUAUUAUGGCAAUCAUUGUUACCUAAUGAUCGUCGCCUACGUGCAACGCUGAAACGUCCAAAUUAUCCAUAUCAUACAGUAGAUUCUAUGACAAAUUUACAAUCAGAUCAUCGUUAUUGGUUUUUAAGUGAUCCAGCUCCUUUAGCUACUAUCUAUGCUCAUCCGGAUGCUGCACGUGCAGCUGCUGAACUGGAAGCUAUCACACCGAUUGGUUAUUAUUCUAAUGUAAAUCAUCAUCAUCAUCCAAGCGGUUUACAUUAUCAUUCAGUACAAAGUGAUGAUGAAGAGGAUGAAGAAGAAGAGAAUGGUGAUUACGUUGAAAAUGAUUUCGAUGAAUUAUACCAGUAUACACAUAAGAAUAAUACUAAUAAAAUUAGAAACAAUUUGUUCGGUAACCAUUAUGUAAAAUAUGAUGAAGGAAAUGUCAGACAUUUUAGUAGUAAAAGUUCUUGGUCAAAAAAUGAUUUACGACGACAUUUUAACAACAAGAAUAAUGUGAAUUCAAAUGAACAUUCUUUUUCCUAUAAAAAUCGUCAUCGCUAUACCAGUAAUCAUCAUCGUAACAACAACAACAACAACAACAGUAGCACUACUCAUGGUACAAAUCAUAAAUUACCAGGAUCAUUAACCAAUACAUCGGUUCAAUAUCAAUCUUCUAUUUGUUUUCAAUUUGAUAUAAACACUUUACAAUUGACAACUUUUCUUCCUGAAUCAUCAUUAUCAUCAUCAUCAUCUGUAGGAGAAAUUGAUUUAAUGGAAAAAGUGAUUGUCAAUGCUUCGAAUAGUACAUUAUUUAUUGAAUUGGCGCAUAAUUCUAAUCCGAAUUUAAAUUAUGUUGAAAUGGAAAUUAAUGAAUUCGAUAUAGCUUAUAGUUGUAAUCAAAAUCCAAAUUCAGAUAAUCAUGGCUCGUCUGAUAAUGCUCACUCUUCAUCAUCAGAUUCAUCAGUUAAUGUAUGGCCAGUGGUAAUACCACUUUCAUGGGAUUCCAUUGGUUAUCCAUAUGGUUCAACACUUCGUCAAGUUGGUGUAUCUACCACGAAUUCAUCGAAUGAACCAACUUUUAGCAUGGCUUUAGAACAUAGACAAAUUCAUCGUUUAUCUGAUUCAGGCAAUUCUACAUAUGAUGAUGAAUUCAUUCUAACUGUUCGAAUUCAAGAUGUCUGUUUUAUUUAUUGGCCAUUGUUCAGUUUAAAUCAUCGUUGGGAUAUAUUUUCAAAUAUUGGCAAUCCUACUUCAACAACUCCAGUUAAUUCUUCACAUUCUACUACAACUACAAAUAAUAAUAACAAUAAUUUUAAUUAUUUAAAUGGUCUACCAAAUUGGUUUAUUCGAUUUUGUAAUUUAUAUCAAACUCCUAGUCUAGUAUUAAUUACAGAAGAAUAUCCUAGUUAUUAUGCACCAGCUUGUCUAUUCUCUCAACAUUUACACUUUGAACAUUUGACUGUGACAUUUUCAAUGCCUUAUCCAGAAUAUUUUAUUUUGUCAACAAAUAAACCGACUACUGUAAAUUAUCAAAUGCCCAUAUUACAUUUUAUGAUUGGUUGUGAAUCAACUAGUAUAACUGUAAAUACAGCUAUGGAAAUGUUAACCAUUUGUCCACCGACAAAUAAUAAUAAUAAUCAUACUAAUAAUAGUAGUCCAAUCGAUAUGCAACCUGGAAUGUUAGUCAUGGCAUUUAUUAAUAAUUUGGCGAUAUUUAUAUUCCCUUUCAAAUUUACUCCAACCAAUUCAAAUUCAUUGAAUCCUCGAUUAUCGGAUAUAAAUUCUUCACAUCCAUUAUUGAAUAAUUUCCGUCAUUGGCUUAAUACAUUCGAUUUGAAUAAAGCUGUUUGUAUAGCAAGCUUAGAUCAUUUAGAAUUAAGAUGUUUCUCUGAACCAAUUGUUUUACCAAAUGCAACUGAUAAUAAUAAUAAUAAUACCAGAUCUUCUUUUACACAUCAAAAUUCUACAAUCCCUACAAUUGCCAAUCGAUUUGAUAUGCGUAUUACAAAUAACUUAUUGAAAAUUAAUACAUGUGUUGAUAGUUUAGUUAUUUUACAUAAAUUAAUUGAAUUAUUGUCAAUUUAUGAUAUGAAUAAUUGUAAUACAAUUGCACGAUCGAAACAUUCACCAUUAAUCCAUGCCAAAAAUCCAACAUGCUGUAAAACCACCACCUAUUCAUCAUCAAUUGAUUCAACAUUAUGUCGACCAUUUCAUGCAUCAAGUCCCAAUGCAUCCGGUUCAGUUAAUUUGAAUUGUUCUCCAAAUAUACUCGAUACGAAUCAAGGUAAAAGUGGUUCCGUGAGCAGUCUUGAUCUGAUACAAGAUGCAAUAUCAGAUGUGGAUUCUGCUCAUUCAUCACCAUUUAAAAGUGGUCAUAUAAAACGAUCAUCAGCUGUUGAUAUUCCUUCAAAUAUCUCACAAAUUCCCAAUAAAACUAAUGAAUUGGCAACAAGAAAAUUAGAUCAAAAUCUAACUAUGAAUACUUGUUCAAUUCCACAACCAUGUCUUACUGUACAUAGUAUUAGUAAACGGAAUUCCAAUACUUCAAUUGAUAGUAAUAUACAAUCAUCCAAUGAUAGUCCUUCUUGUCCUAUGAGUACUACUACUACUACUAAUAAUAAUAAUAAUAAUAAUAAUACUAUUUCUAUCAAUGACAAAAAUAACACAGUACAAUCAGUUAGUGAAAAUCAACUUUACCUAGAUCAUUUAUUAUCGGAUCAUUCAAAAUCUGAAUUGAAUUAUUCACAAAAUUGUAAAUCAUCAAGUCUUUCGGAUGAUUUUGUUUUCAUUGAUCCAUCCACUGAUCCAGUAUUGAAUUAUACAACACCAAAAGAAAAAAUUCGUUGUCUACUUCAACCAAUGAAACAAUUAACCAAUACUACUACUGACAAUAAUAAUCAAGCUUCAUCAUCAUCAUCACCGUCAUUAUUAAGUUUUGAUAUUCAUGAAAAUUUCUACUCUUCACCUAGUUCAUCGACAAAUUCUAAAAGUUAUCGUGUGAACCGAUGGAAUCGUUUAUUUAUUGAUCCUGUUAAAAUUUAUCCACGUCCUUUAUUAGCUAUCACAUUGUAUGAUGUUUCAUUUGAAUGGAAUAUAUACGCUGGUAAUGAUUUAUUGCCUCAAUCAUCAGGAAUAACAAUUCCAUUAUCAGGCAAUAUUCCGCCUAAUGAAAUUUCUAUCCCUGUUCGAUCACAUAAUAAAUCUCCAGUGUUAUCUUCCUCAUCGCCACUUAAAGAUCCUACACAAAAAUUGAUAACAACUCCAUCUCGUUCGAAUGAAUCACUUUUGACCAGUAAAAAUAUUACAAACAUACGACCUAGUGGGAAUGUUUCACCUAAUCCAGUGUUAAAAUCCUGUCCUAAACCUGGUUACCGUUUUCGUCAUGGUCAACCGAUUAUUAAUAAACCAAGCACUAGUGGUAUCGGUGCCAGUGGUAAUGUAGGUAUACAUUCGAACAAUUCAAGGUCGGAACAUAUUUCGUUACAAUCCCCUGAUGAUUCGAAAAGUAUUCGUUCUCGUCAAAUGUUGUAUUCACAAGGUGGCCUGGGACGUCAGCUUGACAAUUGCAUUUCAUUCAAUAUCUCAAAAUUAUAUUUUCGACAUGCAAAAUUUCCAGCUCGUAUGAAAAAAUCCACUCAUCCACAUGAAGAACACCAAACGAAUUCAUCACAAAAUUUAUUCACUCUUACUGUAGAUCCAUUUCAACGUUUAAUUAUUCAUAUUUCAUCAAUUGUCAUAGUUGAUCGUGUUAAUAGUUCCAAAGUUAAUCAAUUACUUUAUUCAUAUCAUCAAAAUUAUUCACCAAGUAUUCAUUUACUAUCAUGUAAUUCAGAUACACCAAUGUUACGUAUGAUUGCUGUUUGUUGGCCAGUUAUACCAAGUCAAUUAGAAUUGGAUAAUAAUUCCAUGUUGUCUCGACAGCAAACAACUGAAAAAAUUAAAUUGGAUAAUGAGAAAUCGGUAACAAGAAAAACAGAGAACGAUAUCAGUGAUGAUGAUAUAGACAAUGAAGACAAUGUAUCCAAUGAUUGUUCAAUGAAUAGAUCACAAUUGGAGUCUAUGAAAAAAUUCGAUUAUAUUUAUUUACCACAACCAAAUAAUCUUGAAGUAGAAAUUAAACUGUCUAUUCAACCGUUGAAAAUUAAUUUGGAUCAAGUAACAGCAAACAUUCUCGGUGGUUUACGUAAUCAACUAAGACCUGAAGCUAAAAUUGAAGACGAACAAAAAUGGAAGAAUACUUAUGGUCUGUAA